AUGGCAACGCAACACAUCUCCGAACUACUCGGAUCGUACAAUAAUCUCAACUGUAACCAUAAGGGGAUGUACAGGCUGCGAGUUCGCACAAAGAUUAUCCUCGUUGGAGACCCCGGUGUCGGAAAGUCGUAUGUCUUCCUAAAGCUUUCUUUGCUCGCGCGUUUCACCCGGAAUGUCUUCGAUUCGCAGCCGCGCAAGACGUAUGGUAUCAGUGUCGAGAUGUACUCCAUGCCAAUUGACGGGAAUGUACUGAAGACGUGGAUAUAUGACAUAGCCGGACGAACUGAUACUUAUGAUGCACGACCUGCUACAAAUAUUGCAUGCGCUGUUGGGGCUUUACUAGUCUACGACAUCUCUAAUCGCAGGACGUUUGAGCACAUGCAAACGUGGCUCAAGGAGGUACGGGAUCAUGCAGAUAGCGACGCGGUCAUCAUGCUAGUUGGAACCAAGACGGACUUGGUGGACAAACGCCGAGUUUCGACACGGGAGGGAGAGGCGUUCGCUGCGGGGAACGGCCUGAGAUUCAUGGAGACUUCAGCGGCAGACGCCACGAAUGUUGAAAACACUUUUCAUACGCUUUUCACCGAUGUUUAUCAAGCUAUAUCCAAACCGACAUUCAAGACACGGAGAAUCAAGCAUUUUGAGCGUCACUCUCGGAUCCUUGUUGUUGGGGACUCAAGCGUCGGCAAAACAUUUUGUCGCUCUGCUUCGGGAGUACUGUUGGUAUACGAUGUGUCCAAUCGCAACACAUUCCAGAACAUUCCGAAGUGGUUGGAGGAAGUACGCAAGAGCGCGCAACCUGGCACUCUUAUUAUGCUUGUGGGCAACAAGACCGAUUUGCAUCAUAGGCGUGCAGUAUCAAUGGAUGAGGGUCAAGCAUUCUCAAUGGAUAACGGACUCUUAUUUAUGGAAACAUCGGCAUUGGACAGAGUAAAUGUAGAGUCUACUUUCCUGAUGCUUCUGACUGCCAUUCAUCCCGCUACUUCCAAUGUGCCCAGGCAGCCUACAAUCGAGUCAGUGAAUGAGCCGGUACGCACAUUCAUACUACACGAACCAAAAACAAGGACUAAGGAGGACAAUGCCUAUCAGAUUGAGAUACAAGAUAGGAAGGGCAAUGCUACGAGCAUAUUGACCAGCCAACCGCAUCAGGACCACUUCGAUUACAUCAUCAAGGUCGCUCUUGCGGGAGCGAACGGUGUCGGAAAGACGAAUCUGGCAUCGCGGUUUGUAAAGAAUGAAUUCACCACCGAGGCACGGCCAACCAGCUCCGCAAAUGUUAUGACGCGGACAAUCAACAUCGAGGAUGCGGCGGUCAAAGCAGACGUCUGGGACACUGACAUGCACACGGAUACCCACGGGGUGCUCUUGGUGUAUGAUAUAUCCACCACUAACUUCGGGUUUUUGGAGGUUGAGCGCGAGCUCGAACAACUGCGCACCUACAUACAACCAGAUACCAUAAUCGUUCUUGUUGGGAACAAAAGUGAUUUAGUCGACGAACGUGUUGUGCCAGCAGAUCGAGCGCAGGACUUUGCGGAGAAGAACGGCCUACUAUUUGCGGAGGCAUCUGCGCUGAACGGCUCAAAUGUCGAGUCCAUCUUUCGAAAACUCCUGAUCGAUAUUUACCAUGUUUUCCUCGCAAAAGAGGUCAUGGGUAUUGAUCAUUCGCCAGUGUCAAUACCCAACACUUCCCACACCAAGACACCUGGCAGAGGCAUUGCUGACAAUUGUGAAGGCUCUGUCGAGGCAAGCGCCGCUCAACCUUCGAAAGAGGCCGCAUCGAUAGGCCGAGUCAAGUUAUCUGAAGAAGAGCUGUUAUGGGAUGCGGCCGCACCCCGUCACCUGGGACAAACAGUGCGGCAUAUACCCUGA